CAUCUUUCGCAACGUCCAGGGAUUUCUGGGAAGAAGAAGGAGGCUAUCGAGGUUGGGACUUUGGAGAGAGAGAGGUAUAGAGAGAGGCACUUUGUAAAGGCGUCACAUCGAUCAGAGCCCGAAGUCGCAGUCCAGGAGCUUGUCAAACCCUCCAACAACACUCCUGUCUCUCAAUCAGAAGCUACCAUCCUCCCCAACCCUUUCAAGCAGUACCUGGUAUUGACUUCUGUGUCGUGACCCCCUGCUGGCCAUCAUGUCGGAGAUGGAGAUCGUGGAGGACCGGGCCAAGCUGAAACAGGGCCUGGUGAAGGUGCUGCAGUGUGUGGCCACCAUCUCAUCUGCUGCGGCUGUGGUCAACCCCAUUUUUGGCGUGGCCGGCUCUCUAAUCCGAGUGGUGCUGCACCACGUGGACGAUGAGGACAUCCAGACACUGAAGCGCGAGUUUGGCUCUGUCAACCGUUCCCUGGACCAGCUGUCCCAGCAGAACCGCGGCGCCCUGCUACAGAUCAAGAAGGAGACGCUGGACGGCCAGUACUGCUGUGUGGAGGAAAACCUGCGCAACCAGUUCCGCAAGUUUAUGGAGAUGGUGGAGGCACGGCCCGAGCACUGUGAGCGCAAGAAGGUCGACUUCGAGGAGAGCUACUCCAACGACCUAGGCGACCAGAACCUGCACACACUCUACGAGGGUGUGGUGGGCAAGCCCAAGCUGUUCAGCCGGCCCAUCCUGGAGGUGUACCUGAAGCACUCGCAGGGCGACCGCCGCACCAUGGAGAACCUGUGCACACGCCUCACAUACCUCUUCUGCAUCGGCCUGAUCGCCCUCAUGGGUUACGCCGCUGUCAUCGGAGACGACGAGGAGGGCAUCAGCGACGAGUGGACCGAGAAGAUGGAGCACGUGCAGGAGAGGAUGCAGGAGGCCCUCCAGAAAUGCAAGUGAAGAAGAGGAGAAGGAGGUGUAGAGGCUGCUACUUGUCCUCCAUACACAGGACUCUCUCCACAUUCCCUCUAGGAACCCCCCCAUCACUUUUCUCCUUACUCCAGGACAGCUGUGUAUACAACGUCUCCAUUUAUUCAACCAGUUAAUUGACUAUCAAUGUGGAUCGUAGGAGGUUGGUGGCACCUUAACUGGGGAGGACGGGCUCGUGGUAAUGACUGGAGCAGAAUUAGUGGAAUGGUAUCCAAUACAUCAAACACAGUUUCCAGGUGUUUGCCAUUCCAUAUGCUCAGUUCAGGCCAUUAUAAUGAGCCCUUCUCCCCUCAUCAGCCUCAUUUGAUGUGGAUUCAUUAUUCUUUAAUGAUCACAUGGCUAUUCCCUGUUGGUACCUAUGAGUUAGAGGUAAGUCAAUUUAAUGAAAACAGUUAGUGAUUUGCCUCAUCCACAGCAGUAGUCAAUGAACAGACUUAUAUAAUAUACGUGAAUGUUGAUACGGAAACCUGCAUACACAGCGGUCUGACGAUCAACAUUUGGACUGGCUCUCAAUUAGAUUUAACUAUGCCAUUCCUAUCUUCUAAAGAGUAAGAUGGAGUGGUUUUAAUGUCUGACAAUGCUCAGCACUUUCGAAAAAAUAUGUUCUCUUGCUGGUAUUUGCUGGUGAUUUAGAGGGAGACACAGAGAACAGGCUCAUUCUGUUGCGUGAAUGUAAGAUUCACCAUAAUGGGUAUCUAUUUGAACAGAUAUAUACUCCAUGCAAUUCUAAUAGCGCCACUGAUGCAACCUAGCACUUUCAGUAAAAAAACACAUUAUCUAUACUGUGGACACUAUUAACAUAGCAUGCCAAUUGCCUAAAUACAAAAACAAUUGACUUUACAGUGGGUUAAUUAGUAUUACUUUACUAAUUACUGUAGGUAAUUUGUAACUAUAUAUCUGCAGCUAAAUUAACUGUUAUUUAGCAUUUAAUUGGAGAUUAGCAUAAAAAAACUAUUGAUAAAUAAUGCACUGUAAAAUCUAACCUAACCAAAAUCUAACUGAUAACAAAUAUCCAGAGUUAUCUAAGAAUGUAUUUUUGGCGGGGAUCCUAUAGUUAACCCCCCACCCCCCACAUACACAACACUAGCAUUAUGUUGCUUCCAUAAUUAUUCAACAAAAACACUAGACUGUCUGUCAAAGCGCUUUGGCCCGGAUAAUGAAGUCAGUGGAAUGAUAAUCAUACUGUAACUAACACUAAACACUUGUAGCCUGUUUUAAUUUAAUACCAAAACCGGCCUACUAUACUGUGCAAAAACACUAGUUUCCUUUUCAACCAUAUUGUUUGGUAUUUGUUUGUUUUCAUGAACACACCACAUUAUGGUGGGUGUGAUGUAAGCCAACCAAGUGCAGUUACUACACUAAACUAUACGUGACAACUAAUCGCACAACAAUACAAAAGGUCAAAGUAUACAUUAGCUUUAAGUGCUUUCUCUCUUAUGGGUUUUCUUGUAUCACAGAUCAAUUAAGUAUUUGCAAAAAUGUUUGUUUGUUUGUACCAAGGUUGCGUUCAUAAAUUCACUCUGGCCAUCUACUACGAUUUCAGAGCACUCUCGUCUGAGUGUGUCAUAGCGCAGAAUAACUGAUUAAUUUUCUAACACGCAACACCCAUUGAAUAUGACCUGUGUCAAUAAACAUCUGCAAAGAAAACAUAUUUAAAUUGUUGCCAGCAGCACAGUUAGUCACCAACACUCUACACAACACGAGUGAGGUGUUCUCUCAUUUGUGUCUUGAAGUAGCUAGCAAGCUAGCCAACUUUAGCCAGUUAUCUUAGGUGCUUGACUGCCGUUGUGAGGUCAGAACGCUCAGAUCAACCCUCCUCCCCGGCCAGAGCGUCCAUUGUGCCCUCUAAACGCUCCAAGAGCGAAAGGCUCUGAAUAUACAAAUUGAGAAUCUGACAACACUCAAAAUAUAUGACGGCCCAGAGCACACAAAUUACGAACACACCCUAAAUAAUUUGAUUUCUGGGGAAUUAUCUUUGCUCUGUGACCCCCUUUCUUUUCACUUAAUCUAUUAUAUUAUUUUCAUAUUUUGAAGCAAUUUACACCAAAAGUAAUGUAAGAGAUUUUUUUUCUUUACUCAAAUACAUUAUGGUGAUGUUUUGUAGAUGUUUUCGGGAUUUUAUACAUCUUUAAUGGCCAUAGUAGUUUUUAUUUAGAUAAGAAUCCUCUCAUAACUGACCAACAGUGUCUCUUACACUGUGGUCCAUGUUCCGUGUCCCCUUACUGUGUCUUGCCUAAGAAAGGGUUCACAAAGUUAUGUUUCCUGUUCUUUACUUCAUUUGUUCUUGUGCUCUAAAGCACUGCUGUUUGUUUUGAUCUCUUUCUUCUGUGCUAUUAACCCCACUACUCAGAUUUCCAGUGUUACUGAUGCCAUGUCUAUACUAACAGAUCCAAGAGAGCUCUCCAUAUCUGUGAUUCAUAACCCUAUAUUCAAUGGAAUGGCUAUUCUGUGGUACCAGUCCCCGUCUUUCAUAUUGUUUCAACUGAGAUGUAUGGCUGUUAAAUAGUUAUAAUUCUGUACUGUUAAAAUUAAUAGAUGGGAAUAUAUUUACCACUUUAGGGCUUUCUGAAAAUAUAUGCUCCUCAUCUAAACUUCAUAGCCUAUUUUUUUGUUAUGUUGUUCUUUGUUGGCUGGUUGUACUAUGCAGCACUAUCAAUAAAGAUUGAAUGUAAAAUAUCA